AAGAGUGGAGUCACGGAAAACCAUCAUGAUGAAUCACUCCUUUUUGGACAACACUAUGACAUUCACCUCAUAUGGAUCCUUCCGCCCAAUCAAUUACUUCUUUUUCACUCUCACUCUUCUUGUUUACCUCCUCUCAAUUUUUUCAAAUGUCUUUCUGAUGCUGGUGAUCUAUUUUGAAGCCAGCCUACACAAACCCAUGUACAUUUUUUUGUUCAACUUGGCAGUAAAUGGACUAAUAGGGAGCUCAACUGUUUGGCCAAAAGUCAUGGAAAACCUUCUUUCAGACACCCAGAAGAGCUCAUUUCUAGCUUGUCUAGUUCAGGUCUUUUGGGGCUAUUUUUAUAUGUCCUCAGCUUAUACCACUUUCUCAGUCAUGGCCUACGACCGAUACGUCUCCAUUUGCAAGCCUCUGCAGUACCACAGCAUCAUGACUCCUGGAAAAGUGAAAACACUGUUGACCGUGGCCAACGUUGUUCCUAUGUCCACUUUAUCUCUCCUUGUGUAUCUCAUAUCCACAGUUCCCCUGUGCAAGUACACCACUCAGAACCUGUUCUGUGAUGUCAUGACACUCCAUAACCUCUCCUGUGUGAAAAGUGCUCUGGUUAAUCUGUAUGCCACAUGCUUGUUGACAAGCUUAGUUGGUUUCCCUUGUAUUAUUGUCCUGCUCUCAUAUGCAGUGAUUCUCAAUGUGAGUCUAAAAGCCUCAAAAGAUGCACAAAAGAAAGCACUCAGCACAUGCUCUCCGCAUUUAAUCACCUUCAUUAAUUUCGGGGUGGCUACUCUUUUCUUUGCGAUUUACCACAGGUACAGUUCUUUUCUACAGGGAGAGGUUUAUAUAUUACUAACUGCAGAUUGGUUUGCAAUUCCCCCUCUAUUGAAUCCAGUUAUCUACGGGAUCAGAACACAGGAGAUCAGGAAAUGCUUUGUAAAAACUGUGAGGAAAAAGGAGAGAUUUUUCAGGAACUUAUAGCAUGUAUACUGUUGAGUUCAGGCUGCAGUCAGAUCCACUUAAUAUGGAUUUUAAUGACUAAAUAGAUUAUUGACCUAAAAAGAAAAACAGAAAAAUCUUAACAAAAUUAAAUUAAAAUGGUAAGGCUUUUUAUAAUGCUUCAGAAAGUACAAUUUCCAGCAGGAUCUAUGCAGUACUAAACAUAAAUUGUCACAUUAUAAUACAUUUAUUGCCAAUACAUAGUAUCUAUGCUUAUGUUUAUGAUUUGUCUGUGAAUCCAGCCCAUCUCCCUGUCAUUGUCUUAUUUUUCACCACUGGUGCCUGCGCAUAUAUUCUGAAUUUGGUAAUGCCACACUCUAAAAGCAAGGAAGUUCAAUUUAGUUAAUUUCAUUUUUAUUUGUGUAGCACUUUUUAGAGACAUGACACAAAGACACUUUAUAGAUUAGCAAGGCAAGAAGACAGACAGAGAAAACACCAGGCCUAAACUCCCAAGUAGAAAUGGAUUUCUAAAUUUAAUUUAUCAUACAUGAACUCUGUAUAAUGCUAGUCUUUAACUCUAGAAAAUAUUUUGGUGUCAUUGUGCAGUAUUAAUGACCUCUGAAUUAUAAUGUGUGCUACUGUAACAGAACAAAGUAAUCAAUUUGAGCUUGGUAAUGGAUAAUAG